AUGUUUUCUAAUAUUUUGGCUAACCAUUGUGUAGUUACAAUAACAUAUGUUCACUUUUUGAUCAAAUACGAACUUUGCGAACUUAACAAGCCUUUGCCGGACCUAUUCACGACCAAGACAGGUAUUAGAGACUUUAUCAAGGCAAACUUGGACAAAGACGGCCGAAUGGAUUUUGCUCGAUUAAGGGAGAUAUUGUACAAUAUAUCAUUUAUAUUUGAGGAAGAGAUUGAGGUACCCAGUGCGGAAGAACUGACUAUAAAUUAUGAAUAUUCAAAUGACCAAGUUCAUAUUUACCUCCUAUCGUUCUCAACUGAAGCAACACCAAAGUUAAAUAAGUUGGUUAUAGACAUGGUAGCAAGAGAAAUGGGAGAAGUUGAAGAGCUAGACUUUAAUCAAGUAAGAGCUAUAUGUAUGAAAUUAGCCGAGCGACCUGAAGAUUUCGACAGUAUAGAUGUAUUUAAAAGGAGAGCAUCAGAAUUAGCCAAUAGAUUUAAUAAGCAGGAAGUUUUAAUCGUUGUCCGAGCGUUUGCUGCUAUAAAAGAACCGGGAUUAAAUGCAACAAUAGAAACAGAGAUCCAGAAAUAUAAUGAUCGUGAUGUAAAAGAAUAUGAAGAGUUUAAAAAUAUAUUCUUGAAUGUAAAACACAUAUGGAAAAAACCCAUGAAAUUCUUUUUGGUUGAAGAAUGCAGGAAGACAUAUACAAGUAAUAUCAAAAUAGAAUAA